UUUCCAUAACCCCAAAUUCCCCCAGUUUGGAGAUUCACUGUAACUGUAAUAGUACCUGUAACUGUAACUGGAAGUGUAGGAGAGCCAUCAGGAGAGAGAGAAAGAGUGGAAUAAACACAAGCCAAAAUGAAAUCAAAGUACGAGAACAUGAAGAUCAUCUAUAAUCGGAGCAAGAUCGGCUGGUACUGGGCCCCGCUGUUUGUGUCCUUCUGGUUCCUGCUCUUCUACGUAGUCGUAAUACCCAGCUUCCAUCGCAUGCCAAAGCAAACCCUGGAGGAUGAGCGACAGAAUCCGGGACAGUUUAUUGGGGAACGGGCGGAGAACACACUUUUGAGGCUCUCCAAGAUCGGGCCCAAGGUGGUGGGCAGUGCGGCCAAUGAACAGGUGGCCGUUCAGUUCCUGCUCAGCGAAAUCAGGGAUAUAGAGGAGAGAGCACGAACGGAUCUCUAUGACAUACAGAAGGAUGUGCAGAUUGCAUCCGGCAAUUACCUUCUCUGGUCCAUGGUCAAUAUCUAUCAGAGUGUCCAGAAUGUGGUGGUGAAGGUGUCCCCCAAGAAUGCCACCAGUGAGGCUGCCCUCUUGAUCAACAGUCACUUUGAUUCAGUGCCAGGCAGCUCAGGAGCUGGCGAUGCGGGUAUGAUGUGUGUGAUCAUGCUGGAGGUGCUCCGGGUAAUUACCGAGUUCGAGACGCCCCUCACCUACUCGGUGAUCUUCCUGUUCAAUGGAGCUGAGGAGAAUCCUCUGCAGGGCAGUCAUGCCUUUAUCACCCAACAUCCUUGGGCACCGAAUGUGAAAGCUGUAAUGAACUUGGAUUCAGCAGGCAGUGGAGGACGGGAAAUCCUCUUUCAAUCCGGACCUGAUCACCCCUGGCUAAUGAAGUAUUACGGCAAGAACAUAGUUCAUCCAUUUGCCUCGACUAUCGGAGAGGAAUUAUUCCAGAAUGGCUUCGUUCCCUCAGAGACCGAUUAUCGCGUGUUCCGCGACUUUGGCAAUAUACCAGGUCUCGAUAUGGCGCAGACCUUGAAUGGUUAUGUGUACCACACUAAAUACGAUCGUUUUAAUCUCAUACCCCGCCGCACAUACCAAUUAACUGGUGAAAAUGUCUUGGCUCUGGUCAAGGCUCUGGCGAAUGCCGAGGAACUGGAGAAUCCAUCGAAACACGCCGAGGGUCAUAUGAUAUUCUUUGACAUGAUGGGCUGGUUCUUUGUCUAUUACCCAGAGGGCACGGGAGAUAUCAUUAAUAUAUCUGUGUGCGUCCUGGUCUGCAUCACUAUUGUGGGUUACAUCUGGAUUAUGUCCAGCAGCACUGGCAUGUUUAGGCGUCGCAUUUGGGCCAAGUUUGGCAUUCUUACGGCUCUUCAGGUGGCUGGAGUGGGUCUGGGCAUUGUUCUGGUCAUGUCAAUAGCCUUGUUCCUGGAUGCAGUGAACCUGCCGAUGUCUUGGUUCUCGCAAAACUGGAUGCUUUUUGGCCUGUACUUUUGUCCCAUGAUAUUUGGCAUGGGUAUUGUGCCUGCCAUAUACUUUAGUCGCACCAAGGAGCACGGCUUGCCUCUGGGCUAUGGCAUCCAGCUCCUGAUGCACUCACAUUGCCUCAUCCUAACCGUUGUCACUGUGAUAAUGGUGAGCUACAGGAUUCGCUCUGCCUUUAUUAUAAUGCUGUGCAUUGGCUUCUACACACUCUCCGUUCUGAUUAACAUGGUCACAAAGGCGCACAAGACAAAUUUCCUGUGGCUCAUACCGCACUGCAUCUGCCAGGUUCUGCCCUUCAUGUUUUAUACCUACUGCUGCUAUGCCUUCUAUGUGGUCUUUGUGCCAAUGCAAGGACGGGAGUGCAAUACCAAUCCCGAGAUCCUGAUGGGUUUCUUUACGGCUUUGAUGGUCCUACUGUUUGCACCCUUUCUGGUGCCUUUGUUCUGUUUGUUCCGCAAGUCCAAAACAAUUAUCUCAAUGUUUGGAAUCUUUACGAUUGUAUUUAUCAUAUUUGCCGCCACACCAGUUGCCUUUCCUUAUGCCGAGAAGACCGCCGCCCAGCGAUUCUUUGCUGUGCACACGGCCCGUACUUUCCAUAAUGAUGAUGCUGCUAGCACUAUUAGCCACACGGAUUCGGGAUACUUUGUCAUGCCAGUGGAUCGGCGUCCUCACACUGUGGAUGAUAUACUCUUCGAGAACACCAACUAUACCAAGGCGGAACGCUUGGACUGCGACUCGGAACUCAUGUGUGGUUUUCCCAUUUACAGCUCCCGUUGGUUAAAUGCAGUUGACAACAGCUACUUUGUGCCUGGGCCAGAGCCCAGCAAGGGUUAUAUUCCUACUUUGACCAUCUUGGAUAAGACUAGUAAAUCGGAGACCAAUAUAAGAUUCGACCUGGAGAUCUCAGGGCCUGAUCAUACGAGUAUAUUUAUCCUGCCCCUAAACGAUACCAAGCUGGUGGACUGGUCCUUUGUGAGGGAUCCCCUGGAUCAGAAUGUGAAGCCUCCUUACUAUGUGUACUGGUCGUACGCAUUAGAUCCCAAGCCUCUACAGUUUUCGCUGGAAUUUGAGCACGAUAAUCCCGACUGGUCAGGAGGCACUUUCAAAAUAGCUCUUAUGGGCCACCGAAUACAUGACGACAUGUUCAUAACGGAAGACUUUAGGGAGUUCCUGGCCAUGUUUCCACCCUGGGCACAUGUCAGCUCCUGGCUUGGUUCCUACAACAGUUGGCAACUGUAAAUAAGUCAUUUUAUAAGCUCAACUGAAGCCUUAUUGUUGCCAUGACACCACCUCAACUACUGUUAUCAUUGGUAAUGCUGAUUAAUUCUUACCAAUAGCCCUAAUCGAACGAACAAACAUCUUAACUUGUACUUGUAUUUAAGAUUAGACACCUCUGUAGUUAGUUACUACUAUGUAAUUUUAUUUAAAUACAUUAUAAAUUAUUUAUUAAGGUAA